AUGGCAACAAGAACCAAACUUUCUGUUUGCAUUGUAGUGCUAUUAUUUACAGUAACAUUUAGAGUGUUGAUCGUUAAUGCAAUAGAUGAAUGGUCAAACUUUGCUAUCAAUGAAGCAACCAUAGAAGAAAUACAAAAAGCCUUCAACAGAAACGACCUCACUUCAAGACAACUCGUUGACUUUUACUUAAACCGAAUCCAAGCCCUCAAUCCUGUACUUGCUGCUGUAUUGGAAGUUAAUCCGGACGCACGAGAUCAAGCGGACAAGGCUGAUUGCGAGAGACGAGAAAAUCAGAACCAUUCAUUGCUUCAUGGGAUCCCUGUUUUCAUCAAAGACAGUUUUGCCACCUUUGAUAAACUCAACACUACGGCAGGUUCCUAUGCAUUGUUGGGAUCGAAGGUUCCACGUGACGCCCACGUGGUUUCUAAGCUUAGGGACGCUGGUGCUAUCAUUCUUGGAAAAACUAGUCUCUCUGAAUGGUAUGGUGUUCGUUCUAGCACUGAGCCAGAAGCUUGGUGUGCCAGAGGCGGAUUUGCAAUUAAUCCUUAUGUGGAAUUCAAAAGUCCAUGUGGGUCUAGCUUUGGAUCUGCAAUUUCAGUGGCAACUAAUAUGGUAGUCGGGAUCAAGCCUACUGUUGGACUCACUAGCAGGGCUGGUGUCAUACCGGUUUCACCUCGUCUAGAUACUAUUGGACCAAUAUGCAGAACAGUUUCAGAUGCAGUUCAUGUGCUUGAUGUAAUUGUUGGGUUUGAUCCAAGAGAUUAUGAAGCUACAAAGUCUGCGGCGAAGUUUAUACCUUCAGGUGGUUAUUUACAAUUCCUCAAUAAAAAGGGGCUUAAAGGAAAGAAAAUAGGUGUUUUGAGAAAUCCAUUUUUGAUUCCUUAUAAGGGAUCCAAAGUCAUUUCCAUAUUUGAGAAUCAUCUCAAUGUAUUGAGAAAAAGAGGUGCAACAGUGGUGGAUAAUUUGGAAGUAGAAAAUUUAAGCAUUGUUCUGGAUCCUCUCCAAAGUGGUGAAAUGAUAACCUUAAUUCCAGAAUUCAAGUUGUCCAUCAACAAAUAUUUGCAGGAGCUUAUUCAUUCUCCUGUGAAAUCUCUAGCUGAGAUUAUAGAAUUCAACAUCAAUAACCCUAUCUUAGAAAAAACUAAUGAGUAUGGACAAGAUUUAUUUAUGGCAUCAGAACUGACCAAUGGCUUUGGAAAAAGUGAAAUUGAGGCAGUGAAGAUGAUGGAUCAAUUGUCGAAAAAUGGGUUUGAGAGGCUGAUAAAAGAAUAUCAAUUGGAUGCAGUGUUGGCUGUAGGCUCUAAUGCUUCUCCGAUGUUUGCAAUUGGAGGGUAUCCUGCAAUCACUGUCCCAGCUGGAUAUGAUAACCAAGGGAUGCCAUUUGGAAUCUGUUUUGGAGGUUUAAAGGGAACGGAGCCGAAACUGAUUGAGAUUGCUUAUGACUUUGAGCAAGCUACCACUGCAAGGAAGCCACCCCCUCGCUUUUCAUUCACAUGA